AUCAGGCACGUUGGUGGGGUGAUGCUGCGGCGUCGGGCAAGGGCCGGGCCAGCCGCGGGGAGCAGCCCGCCCGCUCGGGCCCGGAGUCGCGGCCGUGCCGGCGCUGCCGCUGAGCGGAGAGGCUGCUGCGUGCGGGACUCCUCCGGGCAGCGGAAGGGAAGAAGUGCCCGUGCCCCGAGCGGAGCUGCCCGCUUCUCACGGAGCCCGGCAAGGAAGGGCUGCAGCGGGAGCGUCUCGGCGUUUCGUGCUUCGUCAGCCCAGCAGUAUUUUGAUUCUGUCUUGCUCCUACCUGUUCCUGGAGAAGAGGUACCGUCCCGCCAUGUCUCGUUACAGCCUCCACAACCUCCUGGACUGGAUGUAUGGCGGGGUGGACCCCAGCUUUGCCGGCAAUGGAGGGCCGGAAUGCGCCGCCUUUCUCUCCGGCCAACAGCGUUUGCUGGAGAGUUUGGUCUUCCUCAGUGUGGGUACCGUGGAGAUCCUCGUGUCCCUGUGGAAGCUCAGGCAGCAGCAUGUCCGGGAGCUGGAGAAUCUGCUGCAGCAGCCCCAGACUAAGCAGGAGAGCCUGGGCAAGAAUGUGCUGCUGGUGCUGCUCUGCCUCAUCUUUGGGCUGGAGGUGGGGUUCAAGUUUGCCACCAGGACUGUCAUUUACCUCCUGAAUCCCUGCCACUUGGUGACCAUGAUGCAGAUUUUUCUUCUUGCCUGUCCCCCAUGUCAGACUGCAAUGAUUCUCUUCAGGUUGCAGAUGCAUAUGCUGAAUGGGGCUCUCUUAGCAUUGCUGUUUCCUGUUGUUAAUACACGCCUGCUUCCAUUUGAAACAGAGAUUUAUUACAUCCAGCAUGUGAUGCUCUAUGUUGUGCCCAUCUAUCUGCUGCAGAAAGGAGGUGUCUACACCCCUGAGCCGCUCUGCAAUUUCUGGUGGGCUCUUUUAUCCACAGGGUUUAUGUUUGUGUAUCACUUCAGCAUCUUGCAGAUCCUGGGAUUGGUUACAGAAGUGAAUUUGAACAACAUGUUGUGCCCAGCCAUCUCAGAUCCUUUUUAUGGGCCCUGGUACCGAAUCUGGGCAUCUGGACAUCAGACUGUCAUGACCAUGACUCAUGGGAAGCUCAUAAUCCUGCUGUUUCAGAGUGCUGUCCCCACCUUCAAAUGGAGCAUGGACUUGCUUAGACUCCCAGCUAAGAAAAUAGACUGAAAUUUCUCCCCACAGAGUAGUUAAUACAGGAAGCAGAGAGACACUGGAAAACAGAGGGAGAUGAGAGGACAAUGACUUUAUACUUCUUCCCAGUUUUUUGCCUCAAAAACAAUUCUUUAAUGAAGUGAGUUGUUGUUUUUUUUUUUUUUUACCUUCUAUUUCUCACUGCCUAUUGCCAAUGGCAAAAUUCGUGGCCUUAUUCUGGGGAAGGUUUGUGUUUUAUACAUUUUGUAUAGCUUACAGUAGAAUCUUGCUAAGCCACCAUUUAAAAUUAGGCCAGGACCUGUGCACAUUCCAGCAAAGAGAGUGGCAGUGCUACCUCGUUGUGACUCAUUUUCCAUUAAAGAAUAUUACACUUCUAGGAUAGGAAAUAAUGCUGAAUUGUAGCACUCCACUGAUGUGAAUCAACAUGCUGAAACUGCAUUGUUGUGGCUUAACUCUUAAAGCUUGAAUGUUCCAAAGUGGUCACAGGAAACUGCAUACUUAAUCUUCCAGUCAGAAGUGCAAAACAGUGAGGUUCUACUGUACUUUCUUUAAGCUGGUUGAAAAUGUUGGGGAACAAUAACUCAUUAAAAAAAAAUAACUACUUAAUUUCUAAGCUGCAGUGGAUAAGUACCUAUCUAGUGAAGUCCCAUCAUUAUGUUUUAGAUGCUUUUAUUUUGGUGAGGGUAAAAAAAGAAUGUUGAAAUAAUUUCAAAAGACCAUGUUAUGUGUAGGCCAUAGUAAGAUACUGCAUCCACUGUUCUGUCCUGACUUUGAACAAAAUGUUUUUUUUUCACUUACUUUAACUGGAGAAGAAGUGGAGAUACAAAGUCCAGUGAAAAUAUCAAGGCUUUUUUAUACUUAGUAGCUUUUGGAACAUUCCUGGUCUGUCUAUACUGACCCUCACUCACCAGACUGGUUGGUGAAGAAACCAAAUGAAAUUCUGUUCCCCACCCUUAUAGCUCUGCUGUAUCAUAUGUACUGAUUUUAAAAUACAGGUGUAAAAAGGAAUGUCAAGUCAGUGUAGGCCUCUACUGCAAAGAACAUAUUUCAAUUUAGUAGCAUGACCCAUCAACAUGACUUUUGGAGAACCAGGAUGUAGAUGGGCAAAAUGUUCAAAUGUGUGUUCCUGCUCAAAUUUUGCAGAGGAGAAACCACUGGGCAGAAAGAUGGGAAAUCCUGACAGUGUUCUUCCAGAAUUAAGUGUCCAUUAUGCAGACUGUUGUGUUUCAGGGCUGCAGGUUUUUGUUAUACAGAAGUUUGUGGGAAUGUAUAGAUUCAUUGUGUUGUCAAAGCUGUGACUUGUAAGAUAAACCAAGACCAUCAUACCUCCUCCAGCUAGAUCACCUGAAGGUAUGUGCUGAAGUAAAGGUACAGAGCUUACACCUCAGGAAGCAAAAGUAAGUUGACUUUUUUCUUUCCUUAAAAAAGAAAAAAAAAUUAUUUGAGGGAACAAACUAUUCAAGUAUUUCUACUCCAUGUGAUUAAAGAAAGUACACCUCAGUCAGAUAUACAUUGUCCCAUAUUCUGAUUUGCAAACUGGUUUCUGGCUUUCUUCUAUGCCUUGCUGUAUUUGUCUGUGUGUGUAUAUAUAUAAAUAUACUGUAUGCUCACAACUUGAGAACAUGCAGCAUGUACCUGAACUACCCCUCAGGCACAUACAGCUGGUGUUACUAUUACAAUAGAAGGACUUUAGACAAAUUUUGCAAAUACUAUUUAGCAUAUUUAGCAUUAUUAUUUGCUUUAUUUGCUUAACUUAAAGUUUUUGAUUCUUUUUUUUUUUUUUAAUUGACAUUUUUUAAAAGCAUCUUCCCUUUUUUUUUUCCCCAUCAGGAAGGAUAUUAUAGUUACUGGAAACACUUCUCUAAGUAGGAGCCUUUUCUUUCUUUUUUCUUUUUUAAAUUGUAGCAUUUCCUAUCUGUAAUCAUCUGCUUCAGGGCAUUCCAGACAAAUAUAAAGCAGCUGAUGUUUGCCACCAUUGACUGCCUCUGGUCAACUAAAACUGCAGGAGCAUUUAAAUGAGCUCAGGUGUCUCUCAGUGAAGGCUCUUUGCUUGGAAAGCAGAAUUUGCAAGCUCUUCUGGCUGACUUAAAAAUCAGUGGGAGGAAUGUGAACAGAGCUGACAGGGCCAUCCCUGAGCAGUGGAAAGGGAUUCCUGGUACAGAACUGCUGGGAGUGGUUGCCCCUGCCCUCCCUCCCUUGCUGCUGGGCCACCUUUGCUUUUCCCUCUUAUGCUGCUCCAGAUGUUUUGAGUCACACAGAAAUUCAAGGUGUAAUUUCACCACAUGGAGUUUGCUCAUCAGAAUGGGGCAUUUGUACUGUCCUUCUAAGUCUUAUGUGGGCACGUUCUGGAGCUUGUUGAAUCUUUCAUACCAAUUUAAGCUGCGAAAAUGUCUCGUUGAACAAGGCAAAAAAGUAGAGAGGUAGUAACUAGUGCAGUCAGUAAGGAUUUUGGAAGUAUUGGAGCUGCAGUGAAGGAAUCAAAUGGUGCAGCUGGAUUCAGGUGGGAACACAGGCAGUGCAACCUUCCUAUUUUUAACACAAGGUGUUGCUUCUUUGUUGUGCAGUAUUAGUGAGGCUGGUUGAGUUAGAACAGAAUCGUUUAGGUUGGAGAAAACCCAUGAGUUCAUCAAGCCAAGCAUUAACCCAGCAUUGCCUUGCCUACCAUUAACCCUUAUUCCCAAGUGCCACACCUACAUGUCUCUUAAAUCCCUCCAGGGUUGGUGACUCCACCACUUCCCUGGGCAGACUGUUCAAGGUUUGAUAACCCUUCUGGUGAAGAAAUCUUUCCAGUUUAAAGGUGCCACCCGAAGCUGUUGCCUCUGGUCGUGUUGCUUAUUUCCUGGGGGAAGAGGCUGACCCUCAUCUUCCUUUCAGGCAGUUGCAGAGUGACAAGGUCCACCCUGAGCCUCCUUUUCCCCAGGCUAAACACUCAGCCAUUCCUUUGAUGUGUGCACCAGACCCUUCCCCAGCUCUACAACUUUACUUUGGAUGUGCUCCAGAACUUCUGUGUCUUUCCUGUGACAGGCUCAAACCUUAAAAUUAUUUCUUCCUUCCUCAUGCCCUUCUUUGAAGGCUUUUAGAAUUUCAUGUUGGUUUAUGGUGACCCACCACUCAAAACUGCACCAGUGUAGCUGAGACAGGCUCCAAAGAAGGGGAAGGACAGGUCAGAAUGGGAGCAGAAAAGGAAAAAAACUUUUGAAGCAAUUGUUGUGAAACUUCACAUCCUUCAUUACUCACCUAUCUCUGGUACCUGCUGGGAAUAUGCAUUAGCCAGAGCUUGCUAUAUAUGCAGGAAAUGGGAAAGCAGAGUACUUAAUCUCUUUGGCAGUUAUUUGUUGUUUUUCCUGGCAGAGGCCGAUUUUUCUUUUCCCUGAAUGGUUUAUUUUAUAGGCAGUUAACACUAUACAGGUUUCUUUUGUUGCUUUAUGCUGGAAAUGAAAGCACAAAGCUCUACUGCUGUUUUUGGGAGGUGGUUGCAUUCUCUCCUGGGGUGUUACACACUCAGUCCACGUCAAAACAUCUUGAAGCUGGUGAUGAGAUUUUACAGUGCUGCAGUGCAAUGCACAGUUGAAAGGGUUGUCCUGGGCCUCCUGGUCAAAUGUGCCCCAAUGUGUCAAGGCACUGGGAAUUUCAGCAGCAGUGGCAGUAGCUGUGGGGCAGAGCAGGAGUGGGGCUGCACAGCCAGACCCACCCACUGUUCCCAGCAGCAGCAGCUGGAGUGCAAAAUCUCAUCCCAGUGGCUUCAUUUGCUGGCCAGAAUAGUAAAAAAAUUCUUGUGCAGUGCCACUGCCUGGCCUUCAGAGAUGCUGGUAUGGGUUAAGGGGUCUGAACAGAGCCCUCUAAAUGCUAGUAUUGUAGGCAUUUCAAAAGAAACAAGGAGUUAAUUAAACUCACUACUCCAGCUAACACUGGCUGCAUUUCCCUCCAAGUGUGCCCACGAGUGAAGCAUUACUAGCUACAAUAUACCCGUUUACUGAUGGGUUUGUUUAUUCAGCCUUGAAGUAAGUAGCCCUCCAAAACAGAGGUAAACCAGGAGCAUUUCUGCCCCACUACCUUGUGCCGUGACUUCAGCUGUCCAGAAUGCCUGCAGUGCUACUUUUCCAGGGAUUCAGACACUGUGGAGUGUCUUGAGCUGGAUCUAUUUCUUUACCUUCUUCUUUUAAGAACCUAAGGAGAAUUUGCAUCUUGUUUCUUUUGAAGGGUGCAAAUGAACAGCUCUUGCCCAUUUGUUUAUAAAUCGAUGAAAAGUCACAGUCUCUGAACACGCACCUGGAGCUGGUUUUGGUUCUGGCUUCUUAGUUCAAAGAUGCUGCCCAUAAGCAAAGCUUGUGUGCUUGAUCUGCUGCUGCCUUGCUGAAACAAGCCUGGGAAACAGGAACAGUCAGUCCAUUUGCAGUCCAGUCAAACCUUGAGGGCAGAGAGUACCUAACUGUAGGUUUCCGUUUCUGGCCACAGAGUUAUUUCUGUAUGUUCGAGAUAAUUUUAUAAAGUUCAGUUGUAUUUUUCAGAAAUAGCUAUUUGCAUCUGUUAACUGACUGCACUUUUAUGUCUAAGUGUUGCAUACGGAUCUAUGCAUCCAUAGCUAAUGGAAAAUAAGAGUUGUGGUGUUUUCUACAGUGUUGCACUUGUUUCACUCUAGGUGGAUUAGGAAUCAAAUUCGUCUUUAUAGUUACCAAAAAGCCAAAACCCAGGAAGAGGGCAUAUCCCAGCCCUGGUGGGAGGUUUCUGCAGGCAGACAGGUCAGCUUUGGUGUUUUCAGUUCUACAGUGACAGGACUCAUAAGAAAUCUGUUGAUUUUUGUGAUCUUGUACUUCAAGUGAUAUUGCUGUAAAUCUCCCUUGCAGCUGUUGGUGUAACUUAGUCAAAGCCACGCUGUUUUAUAAAUAAUUUUAUUUUUCUUCAGGGUCAAUUUUGUACUUUUAAAAACUAUUUAUGCAUUUCCUGAGUCCUUAUUCCGAUGCUGCAGAGGACAGAGCAGGCAGAGCAGUGAGUACACCCUGCUCUCCCCACACUGUGCCAGGGGCUGUGCUGGAGCAUUGGGGCUGCAGGAACCUGCAGGGCUGCUUACCCCACACCCUACUCCCAGCAUGGCAGGGACAUGAAUGGUUUGGCAAGGGAAAGGAUGGAUGUGGACAGGCUCAACUGCCACACACGCUGGUAGUUCUGAAUAAUUUGUAAGAGUGCUAUAAAUUUUGUAACUUUUUAAUGUGCUAAACUUUGGUUAUGAGGUAACAUUUAUAAAUAAAGGUCAAUUUGUGUACUUGUUUUUGUAUUUUGCUCUGGUAGGCUUUUUGGUUUUUGUGCCCUAAGUCCAGAGCAUUGGACAAAUAGUUGUUAAGCCUUGGCAUUAAAACAAAUAAAUUCAUUUUA